AUGCUCAACUGGAUCGAGAUCAGGGAAUUCAGAGAUCAAGUCAACACUGAGGUGUUGCUCCCAGCCACCUACUUUCUGAUGCCCAUUAACAGUGAGCCGCCAUGCUGCGAGCCACAAAUCCUCCACCUGUGGCCAGGAUAUGAGAUCGAUGAAUCAGCUCCUGUGACCUGUACGGAUCAUGAGGCCAACUCUAAUACUUCUGCAGACACAGUGUCUCCUGUGUGUUUCAUUGGUGUAUGUGUGCCAGCUGUUGUUGUGGGCUCGCUUCCUCACGCACUACCAUGGCAUGUCUCCUGCCCAGUCCGGUGCGUGUGUCAGAUCAAGCCAUGGUUCUCCCCGGAUUCUGUCUACCAUGAGGCUCCCACUGUGGAUUGCAACGACCUGCUGAUGACCAAGCUUCCUUUACCCAUACCCCACACACACACCCUGCGCCUGCAGAGUAACCUCCUGUCUGAGAUCGACACUGCAGUGCUGCACAGACUACCAAACCUCACAGACCUUGACCUUUCUCAGAAUCGCUUCAGCCGCGUCAGGACAAUAACUAAGAGUUCCCCCAUUCCCUCCCUGCUUUCUUUACACCGAGAGAACCAUCUCAGCCACCUCCCUGAAGCCUCCUUCUCCUCACUGCCAAAUUUGCAAGAACUCUUUCUCAGCCACAACAACUUACACUCAAUAUCCCCGAAAGCAUUUUUAGGACUGGACUCCCUGCUGCGUCUUCAUAUCAAUAACAACAGACUCAUCACAGUCGACCCUCAGUGGUUCAAAGCUUUGCCUAAUUUGGAAGUUCUUAUGCUUGGGGGAACCGUGGAGGCCUUGCCUGAGCGGGGCUUCCAGGCUCUAAAGUCCCUGCGGAGUCUUGUCCUUGGGGGUAUGGGUCUGAGAGGCUUGGCGGAAAAGUCUCUGGAAGGGUUAGAGGGCCUGGAGAGCCUCUCUUUCUAUGAUAACAAGCUUACAAAGGUCCCCACUCAGGCCCUGAGGAGAGUGCCAGGACUGAAGUUCCUGGACCUCAAUAAGAACCGCAUCAAACUGAUAGAGACAGGGGAUUUCAGAGACAUGGUGCACCUGAAGGAGCUUGGCCUAAACAACAUGGACGAGCUGGUGUCCAUUGAGAGAGGAGCCUUGGAUAACCUCCCAGAGCUCACCAAACUUGAGAUCACCAACAACCCACGACUAUCCUACAUCCAUCCACAAGCUUUCCUACAGCUGAGCAGGCUGGAGAGUCUGAUGCUCAACUCAAACUCUCUGAGCGCUCUACACCAGCACAUCGUGCUCUCCCUGCCAAGUCUUCAGGAAGUCAGCUUACACUCCAACCCACUGCGAUGUGACUGCCUAUUCCACUGGGCAGCUGAAGAGGCCUCUCAUCCUCACACUGAAGUAACACAAACACCCCGGAUGGUGCGUUUCAUCCAACCUCAGGCCACACUGUGCUCUGAACCCCCAGAACUGCGAGCUCGGGUUAGGGAGGUCUCCUCCAGGGAGAUGUCUGCCUCAUGCCUCCCCAUGAUCCCUUCCAGCUCCCUUCCUUCCUAUGUUGGGGUAAGAGAAGGAGGAAAACUUGUCCUGCACUGCCGUGCUCUUGCAGAUCCACAGCCUGAACUGUAUUGGGUGACUCCCUCUGGGCUCAAACUUGGUCCUGUACCGAUCGGUGCAUCCAAAAGUUCACCAGCUCCUGAUCCCUGCCACAGAAUUACAGUCUCUGAGGGAUUCAAUCAGACAACCGCCUCCAGCGUCUCAACUAGCCAUACUCAAGCUCAAACUCACACUCCCUGUAGCCCCUCCAAACACUACCGGCUACUGCCCGAGGGGACUCUAGAGAUGAACAAGGUGACCCUCAGCGAGGCAGGGUUGUAUACCUGUGUAGCUGAGAAUGUACUGGGUGCAGAUACACGCAGUGUGACUGUGGGUGCAUGGCAGAGAAAAGAAAAGAAAGAAGGGAGUCUGUGA